AUGAAAUUCAUCCUCAUUCCGGAACACGAAUUAGCUUUCGAAUUUAGUGACAACCACAUGCUUCGCGCCCAAUUGUUGCAACACUGCACCAUAACUAAUAGCUACUUGACUACCUCCAAUCAUAUUAUUUCCUUCCCAAACAUACCAUCCAAUACUAUGGUCCAAGACUUCAUUUUGGAGAGCUCCUAUAAUUUCAAAAGAAAACGCGAAGUCAAAUACCUCACAGACACAGAGAACAGGCAGUCUCGGUACGAGCUAGUGCCCCCACAGACCUUACCCAUAGCCGAAAGAAUUUUCGGUAGCACAGAUUUCCAAAAAUUGCCGCCUUUCGAGACCCAGCCUAUAACGGAUAUUCUUUUAUUGCGAGAAAUCAAACUUUGGAACAUCACGAACGCCGACUUUCUCCGUAGAAGCCGUAUGUAUGAAAUCGAAAAUAUCCGUAUAAACACCCUCCGUACUAUUCGGUACGCCGAGUAUCGCUAUAGGCAAAUCGCCUGGCUCAGAUCCAUCGAAACUAAAAGACCUUUGAACUAUGCAGAGCGCUCAUUAUUACAAGACCUCGAACAAGGCAUCACCGACGUCUUCGAUAAGUAUCUGUCCGACGAAUUUGGAAUAUUGAAAUUAGAUAUUAACAGCGACCCCGCCAACCUUAAGGGAAAACCCUCACCAUACUUCCAAGCAAAAGAUUUGGAGAAAGAAAAUGUAACAAACCAAAUAGAAGCAGAUCCAUUUGCUAGCAUAGAACGGGAACGACUAAAAAGUACCACUCCCCGCCCGUCGACCAUUGCUAUUUCGACCGCGAAGACGAUCACAAAAUUCCCCACGACAACAACAACCACUUCCAAAACCACUACUUCUACGACCACGAAGACAGCACCAACUACCUCUACGCUGUCUCCCAUCACCAGGUCACCCGUAAUCAUACCGCCAGUACAUGUAAUCCCGGAGACCAAAUCACUCAACCCGAUUGGCUUCUAUACAACGACGACGACCAAACCAACCACCACUACGAUGCGAGUUACCACAACAAUCGCCGCCACUACUGUCACAGCAAUGCCAAGUACAACAAAAACGUCCACAACUAAAUCAACGACUACUGCGAAACCAACUACGACAUCCUCGACCGCCCCUCCUACAACACCAGUUUUGAGUUAUGAGAAGCUAAUACCUUUGCCACCGUCCGAAUCCGUACUUCUACCUCUACAUAAACAAAGCAAACGGACGAACCAUGUCUCUUCGCCAAACUCAGACGACAACCGCCUGGAUCCUGCGAACAUCCGACGCGAAUUCAACAGCAUAUGCGUGAGACAAUACCUUAAUAACCAAAAACUUCACGAGCUUAGCCAUGCCGACCCCACUUGGGCAGCCAGAACCUUAUUGGGAACGUCAGACGUGGUAGCCACUCUUACUGACAACGAGCUUCUGGUCUCCAGAUGCAGAAAGGUGGAGCCAACAGAAGUGCACUCAAACCACCAAGUGAACCAAACUUGCUAUGAACUGUUACCAGUCCUAGUGGAAGAACAAUUAUGGUUUGCUAUACCAGGAACGGGAGACCUAGUUCAAUCCGCAACAGAAACGCCCUGCCCCUACAUUACCAACUUGAAUGGACAGAUUCAGCCCAUGCUACCACCUAACAUGCUUCUCAGCGAUAAUGCACAACCUUUUAUAUUCAACUCUCCACCUAUUUACCACCACAUUAUGAAAAGCUAUGCUCCCACUGUAAGAUUUCAAAUCGACGCUCUGCAGCAAGAAUAUCUCACCUUACAAAACAGAUUACAAAAACGAGGUAUCAUAGACGAUGCACUCCUUCAAAUCAAAAAUGUUAAAAACUCUAUAGGCGAUUCUCUAACCUCAAUUUAUGACAAAACGACCAGCAAACUCACAAACGGCAUAGAAAGCAUAAGAUGGUCCCUCAUAUCAUUGCUACUAUGGAUCACCAUACCCGCGCUAGUAGGAAUAAUAUUGGUUGCAACAUGCAUUUGCUGUGUAAAAUUGUACUUUAUACGAAAAGCAUCCAGUACCGCCGCCUCAGCCAUGUUUGAACUAGCAAGUAAUUUCACGCCAAAAAGGCGCAUACGCAAUCGACCGGAAGUCAAUGCCUUAUUUACCGAGCUACCCUCUCGAGAACCUCUUUUCGUCCCCCGAAUUUAUGCAAUACCGUUCGCAACUAAUCACGUCCAAAACCCGCUACCAUAUGUUAGAAUAAGUUUAAACCACUUAUCCACCCCAGCUCUGAUCGACAGCGGCGCUACGAUUUCCUAUAUGAAACAAUCUACCUUAUAUGCGCUAGGUCCCAACAUAACAAUAGAAAACAAUAAUGUCAAAGCACAAGCAGCUAAUGGUUCUCCCAUAGAACUUUUGGGAUCAGUAAAUGUAAAUGUAAACAUAGGAACACACAGCGUACCUCAUCGCUUCCUAGUGUCGCAUGAUCAUCAGUGUCCCGCACCCGUCCUCCUCGGCACUGACUUCAUCAAAAAAUUGAACCAGCAAGGCCUGAAAAUAACCAUCGAUCUACAUAACAACUUACUCACUAUAGGCAGCGAUUCACAUAAUGUGAUCCAAAUUAACGCGAUUAAUUUUUUGGAAGUAAAACCGCAAGACGUACGCCUUUUGCAUACUACUAUCCUGCCGAAAAGAUCUUCCUCCAUUGUACCAGCCUUUAUCGACAACUAUUCCCCUAAUAACCCAUUCGACUUUAUUAUCGAGGAUAAUCAAAGAGAAAUAGAUCUUCUUAAAGAAGGUAUAAGACCUAACCCGGAAAAGACCAGAGCAAUUGACGACUACCCCACACCUAGAAACCCCACGGACAUCAAAGCUUUCCUAGGCAUGUGCUCUUUCUUCCGCAGAUUCGUACACAAAUUUGCAGCCAUUGCUUCACCACUUACAGCGCUAACAAAGAAAGAUGCGCCUUUUAUAUGGACCGCCGAAUGCGAAGACGCUAUGAGACGCUUGAAAGAGGCGCUCACUACCGCGCCGAUCCUAGUUGCCCCUAAGCUAGGCCUACCAUUCGUUAUAGAAACCGAUAGCUCUGGAAAAGCCGUCGCGGGAGUUCUAAAGCAAGAACAAGACGAACACUUGAAAGUAAUUGCUUACGCUAGCAGAACUCUCAAUGUCCAUGAGUCUCGCUAUCCCGCCAUAGAACUGGAGGCGCUAGGUGUAGUAUUCGCCGUACAGAAAUUCCGACCAUACAUUGAUGGCGCGAAAUGCACCGUAAUCACCGACCACGCCCCUCUUAAAGCACUCCUCCAUAGGAAAGAUUUGACCGGAAGAUUAGCAAAGUACCAAAUAAUUUUGCAAGAGUUUGAUAUAACCAUAACUUACAGACCCGGAAAAGCCAAUGUUGUGUGCGAUACACUCUCGAGACAUCCUCCUCAAGUAAAUGCCACUCAAACAGGCACAAACACAGAAAGCACUAUUGAUCUUUCCUCGCCAGAUAUCAUUGACCGCAUUAAAGAAGAACAAAACAAAACACCCUGGAUCGCAUCCUACAAGCAGGCUAUCGAAAACGAUGAGCCAAAUCCUUACGUUAGAGACUACAUUAUCCUGAAUGAAGACUCUGACAUCAAAAAGGCACUCAUCAAGCAAGUGCAUGAGUCUCGCUUUGGUACUGCUCAUUUAGAUGUAACAUCUCCAAAUAAUAACCUUUCUCCUGACAUCCUCCUCGUUGUACCUGCAGAAUCCGAUGUGAAUUCGAUUGUAUCUCAUUCUGUUUCAUCUCCUUCCCAAGUUAACGACUCUAACAAUGCCACAAAUCUUUCGCAAGGCACCAAUUCUCCAUACGUUAAUGAUUCUGACAAUACCACCAUCCUUCCGGAAAUCACAACCUCCCAAGUUAACAAUCCUAGCAUUACCGCAAAUCCUCCGGAAGGCAUCACACCUUCCACAAUAACUAUCCACGUGCCAACACAAGCCUCCCAAAACUUCUUACGCCGGAGGGUACUCCUCACUACGCCCAAACCUCCUCGUAAAUUGCGCACCAUCGCACCACCACAACCACGCAAUUGGGAGAAACCUCUUGGAGCCAUCCCCAGCUUACUCAAACUAUGUCUCUCUCCCCGACCAGAGCCACAUGAACCCCAGUACUACUAUCGCUUAAAACACGAAUAUCGCGGGCCUACUCACCGACGCUGUUUUAAUCCAAUUCCGGCACCUCUAUGCCUUCUCUGCAGCCAAAGUACUCAUCUUACGCGGUACUGUCAAUCACCCAUGCCCUUCCAUAAAAGAGCCCGCAUACUCCUUCAAAGAUACAGGCUCUGCCCUCGCUGCCUCGAGAGCCAUCCCCUAAAAGAAUGCACAGAGAACCCAGUGUGCUUCCGUUGUAACGCCACUGGCCACGUCACCGCCAUUUGUCAAGAUGCCCCUGUCACAUUCUUUUAG